AAACCACUCGAGAAGGAUUCGUCCUGCAGUCAAGGUUGCUGCAAGCAGGAUAUCUUUCUGAGGCUAUGGAGGUUCCACAAUGGGUUCAUGUUGCUGCAACUGGACCAGACAUAGAACUUCCAAUCAAUGAAACAGGAAUUGUUAUUGACACUUCUUUGAGGCCAAUGCAGCAGAUUCAUGCUUAUGUUGAUGCCCUCUGUUCAGACCAUUGGAAGAAGUGUUCCCGUACAAGUCGAAAUAUUGUCACUGAGUACAAUCAGGUUGUGCAAAACUUCCUUUUGGAAUGUUGCAAGAAUCUGAAAUGCAAGGCUUGUGGGAAGACAUCUCCAAAGCUCCUUGUAGAUGGGGGACGGAUAAUGUCCGAGGAAAGGUUUGCCAGAGGUGAGAAGAAUCAAGGGAAAUCAGCUGGACCUCAGAGGACUUUCCUGACUGCUGUGAAGAUCAGGUCUCAUUUUCAUGAAGUUUGGAAAACAGAUGCAGAGGCAUUCCAAAUUGCUGUGCCCAUGUUUUCCAAGGAUUUGAAUACAACUAAAUGGGAAUAUCCAACUGAUGCCUUGUUCAUUCAAGUCUUACCUGUCCCUCCUCCUAAGAUGAGACCUGCCAGUGUAUGUGAGGGGAGGACUGCAGAACAUCCAGUGACAGCUAAUCUUCAAAGAGUCUUGGAAGCCAUCCAGAAUAUUGGGAAUGCAAAACAGAGCAUUGCAGAAAUGCAGGAGAAAAUGGGGAAAGGAGAAGGAUCAAUAUGGGGAAAGUUGGACCAGGCGUGCUUCAAUCUUCAGCUUCGUGUCAAUGGUGUGAUUGAUGCUGAUGCAACUUACAGCAAAGUAGCAGAAUUUCGGCCUGGGAUCAAGCAGCUAUUAGAGAGGAAGGAAGGAUUAUUUCGCAUGUACAUGAUGGGCAAGAGAGUGAACCAUGCUGCACGAUCAGUCAUCACUCCAGAUCCAUAUUUGCGAGUGGAUGAGAUUGGGAUCCCUCAAGUGAUGGCGACUCGGCUCUCAUAUCCCACCGUUGUCACUCCCUGGAAUGUUGAAGAACUUCAACAGGCUGUCCUUAAUGGCCCUGCUAACUAUCCUGGUGCUCUGGAAGUGGAAUAUGAAGAUGGGACUGUGCAUCGAUUGUCUCCAUGGAAUCUCAAGCAGCGAAAAGCUAUUGCAGGGAAGCUCCUCAUGUCUAAAGGCAGCAUUGAAACAUUAAAUAGAUCAAAAGUGGUGUAUCGUCACCUGCUGUCAGGAGAUGUCCUACUAGUGAAUCGGCAACCAACAUUGCAUCGGGCCAGUAUCUUGGGUCAUAAGGUUCGUGUGCUGAGCACAGGUCGCACAUUAAGUCUUCAUUAUGGCGUAUGCAAGGCCUACAAUGCAGACUUUGAUGGCGAUGAGAUGAAUGUCCACUUCCCUCAGAAUGAACUGGCUCGCAGUGAAGGCCGUAACAUUGCUGGGGUAAGUCAUAACUACUUGGUGCCAAAAGAUGGGACACCCCUCCCAGGUCUCAUUCAAGAUCACAUCAUUUCAGCUGUCCUCCUCACUGUCCGUGGGAGAUUCUUCUCCAGGGAGGAAUACAUUCAGUUGGUUUGGAGUGGACUGGAGAGUCAGAACAUGAGAAUUUUCUUGCUGCCUGCAAGCAUUUUGAAGCCAAAAAUGAUGUGGUCAGGGAAGCAAGUCAUUUCCACCAUCCUCAUCAAUCUUACUCCACCCAACAAAGAGCCCAUCAAUCUCUUGAGUCAAACCAAGAUCCAGGAGAAGACUUGGCAGAAUGGAGUUAGGCAUGAAUGGAAGGCUGGAGGAGGGCCAUUCCCAUCAGACCACUGCAUGGGUGAGGGACAGGUGAUCAUUCGGAAUGGUGAACUCUUGACAGGAGUCCUGGAGAAGAGUCAGUGUGGCUCUUCCUCAUAUUCUCUCUUCCAUUGUGUCAAUCAGUUGUAUGGAGGAGACUCUUGUGUGACGCUAAUGUCUUCCUUCUCGCGUCUCUUGACUUUUUAUCUCCAACAACAUGGGUUCUCCAUUGGUAUCAGGGAUGUGCUCGUCCAUCCUGAUGCAGAGCGCUUGAGACGCAAGAUUGCUCGCAAAUCUACCAAGGUCUCUUCCUGUCUCCAUCUCCAUCUAUUGGAACCUGAACUCAAAGUUGGUCCAACAGUGGCAUCAACUGCACUAGAAGUGGACUUUGAUGGAAUUGGGAAGAAGAUGCGAGCAGCCCAUCUGAGUAUGUCAGAAAAGUUGGGGCUCCAGCGUCUGGAUAGGGCAUACAAGACCUUCCUGGACAAGUACAACAAUAAAAUCAAUCAGGUCUGCAUGGGAGAUGGAUUAGUGAAGGCAUUCCCAGCAAACAACCUUCAUCUUAUGGUGGUAUCUGGUGCCAAAGGAUCUAUGGUGAAUGCUAUGCAAAUGUCUUGCCUCCUGGGUCAGAUGGAAUUGGAAGGGAAACGCCCACCACUGAUGAUCUCUGGUCGCUCACUCCCAUCCUUCCCAGCUUAUGACACGUCCCCUCGUGCUGGCGGCUUUGGUCUGAUCGACACAGCAGUGAAAACCAGUCGCAGUGGAUACCUUCAACGUUCUCUCAUAAAGCACUUGGAGGGUCUCACUGUUGAAUACGACACAACCGUACGAGAUGCUGAUGGCAGCAUCAUCCAGUUCCUAUAUGGGGAAGAUGGGAUGGAUGUGACCAAGACACAGUUCUUGAAGAAUGGGAAAAUUCAGUUCUUGGUGGAAAAUGCUGACAGCAUUUAUCGGGAGGAAGAGCUGAGUCAGGUGCAGAACACUAUUACCCCUGAUGAAAAGAUUGAUCUGGAGAAGGCUAAGAAGCAGUUGCGUCGGUGGGAGCGUCACAGGAGCUCUGUGCUAACUUCACCAAAUCCUUCCAAGUGGUAUUCUGCUUUUACCCUAUUCAGCAGGGAUCACAUUGACCAAGUCAAGAUGAAGGAAUCAAGCAAGGGAGACCAGAAGCAACCUCGAGGUCGUACAAGAGCCUCACAUAUGCUGGUGAAGCUCUGGAGGGAUGCUUCCCCCAGCUCUCAUCACCAGUACAAAAAGGCUAGUAAGCAUCGCCCAGACCCCAUCACAGGUGCCUUCCUACCCUCUCGAAUUUUUGGGUCUAUUAGUGAGAAUAUGGAGGAAGUCAUCAAUAGUUAUUGGAAAAGAAAGGAGGAAGAGGAAGGAGCAGUCAACGCAUAUCUACCAAAGACUGAAUAUUUGAACAUGAUGUACCUUGAGUGUAUGAAGGGCAUGGCUGUUCCUGGGGAUCCUGUGGGAGUACUUGCUGCUCAGUCAAUUGGAGAGCCAAGCACGCAGAUGACAUUGAACACUUUCCACUUUGCUGGACGAGGAGAGAUGAAUGUGACUCUGGGGAUUCCCCGACUCAGGGAAAUUCUCAUGGAUGCCACCAAAAACCUUCGAACUCCAUCCAUGGAAUGCCCUGCUCUACCACACCUUGGAUUCCAAGCUGGUCCCAUUUUAGAAGACCUGGCUCGCAAGUUCACUCGAGUCACCCUUGCUGACGUCCUCCACAAGGUGGAUGUUCAAGAAGAGAUCAGUAUGGAAGGCAGGAGUGGAAGAGUGUAUCAUAUGCGCUUCACAUUUUUGGCUGAGGAUCUAUAUAGGGAGAAGUGUGUGCUCACAGCUCAUAGAAUUCUUGAUCACAUGGAGAAGGUGUUCUUGAAACGCCUCAUUAGGGCUGCUGUUGGGCGACUUAAGACCUCUAAUCAAACAUCUAAGUCAUUGGAUAUGGCAUCAGAAGAGGAGUCUAGCUUGGCUACAGCCAAAUUUGGACGUUCUGGACGAGGAAAUGAAGAGGGAGAAGAGAUGCAAGUGGCAGAAGACAUGGAUGCAGGGGGAGAUGAGGGAGGGAGUGACUUGGACGAUGCCCUAGAAGAAGAUUCCUCUGCAUCUCGACGUAGAACUCGAGGUACGGACCAGCUGGAGUAUGAGGCAGCCGAUGAACUCCCCUCUCCAGAUGGCGAUUGCAACUAUGAUGACAUUGAAGAAGGAGAAGUAGGAGAGAACCAUAAAAUAGAAGUGGAUGAUGGAGAUAAUGGGGGAGUGGAGGAACCUGAGGAAGCUUGGCAAGAAAGUAGAAGUCCAAGAGGAAAAGGAGAAUUAAGAUUAGGAGCUCAAGAAGAGGAGGAUGAAGUGAAUCCUGGUCAUCCCUUUGAGGAAGAAAUGGAAGAAGAAUGGGAAGAGACUGAUGAGAGCAUGGAGAGGCAGGCUGCUGUCCUCAGCCAGAGUCCUCUAUUUCUUAAUUACAAGUAUGACAUGGAAUCUGAAGGGUGGUGUGAGAUCCACUUCAUGAUGGACCUGGUGGUGGGAAGAGCUGAUUUCUGGACCCUCAUCCGAGAAUUGGCACGGAAGGAUGUCGUUUACGAGAUCCCAGGGAUUCAAAAGGCCAUCGUGGUUAAGGAUAAAGGAGUUGUGCCCCUGUUGAAGACUGAUGGCAUUAAUAUGCUUGAAAUGUUCAAAUAUGGAGACGUGUUGAAUCUGAAGAAACUGCACACCAACCACAUCCAUGUGAUGGCUGACAUGUAUGGGAUUGAAGCAGCAUCCCACUGCAUCAUCAAAGAACUCCAAGGUGUCUUCGGAGUGUAUGGGAUCGCAAUUGACCCCCGACAUCUCACAUUGAUUGCUGAUUACAUGACAUAUGAUGGGACUUAUCAGCCGUUCAAUCGACGUGCAAUUGCAGCAAGUGCAUCCCCAAUUCAACAGAUGAGCUUUGAAACCACUGUCAAUUUCCUUCGACAGGCUAUCAUAUCUGGAGAGUGCGUUCAAGUGGGAGCGAAAGAGAGAGAAAGUGAGAGAUUAGUGUAUGGAGAGGAUCGAAGAGUCAUGAGAGGAGGGAGUACGUCCAGUACCAAUGGGAUCGAUUACGAUUACCUCAUCAAGUUCCUCGCCCUGGGGGAUUCCGGAGUCGGGAAGACCAGUUUCCUUCAUCAAUACACCCAUGGCAUCUUCGACUCCAAGUUCAUCUCCACCGUCGGGAUCGACUUCCGCGAGAAGCGAGUCGUGCAUCGUCUGAGGGGGACGGACGGUUACUGUGGGCGAAGCCAGCGAAUCCAUCUCCAGCUUUGGGACACGGCCGGACAAGAGAGUCUGACGACGGCAUUCUAUCGGGAUGCGAUGGGCUUCCUCCUCUUCUUCGACCUGACUAACGAGAAGUCUCUUCUUGCCGUCCGCGAUUGGCUGGAUCAGCUGAAGACCCACGCGUACUGUGAGGAUCCGGACGUAGUCCUUUGCGGGAACAAGGCGGAUCUGGAGGAGGAGAGGGUGAUCGGGGGCGAGACGGCACGUGACGUCGCACAGCGCCUCGGGUUGCCGUACGUGGAGACGAGCGCGGCGUCGGGGCAGAACGUGUCCAAGGCGGUGGAGAUGCUCCUGGAUCUGGUGAUGAUGCGCAUCGAGAGGGCUCUGGAUCGGAGAAUCCCUACCGGCACCGGGACUGACCCCAACGAUAUCUUCCGACUCUCUUCCGAUUCUAACCUUCCGUCUUCCUCCAGGAAGAUGUUCAAACACUCCCGGUUCCCUACCAAUUGUAACUGUUGAUGUAUAGGCGCAGGAAAAAAACUGGAACACUUGUAAGUCCAUGCCAAAACGAGCUUCCGUGAUAGGUUUCAUCGAGUCCGUAUUGCCGGAUUCUGGACUUUUUUGAGCUUCCAUCGUCUGGUGAAGAUAGCUUAUCCGUAAACGACACGGUUCACAUAUAUGCCAAAGGUUCAGAAACCAGUGCUCUUGAAGUUUCUGUGAGAACGGCGCUUUACUGCCAUUUUCUUCACGUAUUCUCACUGUUAGAUAUUUGUGUUCGCAUCGAGCAGCUUUCUCAGUCGGAGAAUGUUGUUCGAUGUUUCCAAUCGUGUGUACUGCAACUGUCAAAUGAGCAUUUGAAUCGAUGCAAAGCACUGUCGCUGUCACUAUCAUCGUUUCUACACUGAAGUGUCUAUAUUUUCGUAUAUGAAGAAUAUACCCUUCAAAUAUAUACUUGUAAGUCUCGAUGAGCAGUGAAGUCGUGUGAAAAUAAGAAAGUGUUCCAGUUUUUUGUUUUUGUUUGUUGUUUUUUUUUUAACCUCCCACCCAUUGUGAUGUUCACAAAGAAGUAGCUCUUUGAAAUUCCAAAGAAGACUUUGACGUUGACUGACGCGGAGAACGGGGGAUGGAGGACGGCUCGUGACGACGAUCGCCGACGAAUGCCUACGGUCCGCUCUCGCGGAAGGCCGCGUGUGUUAUCUCCUUUGGGAUUUCAAAACACACUACAUUUACAUUUGGGAUUCAGUUUACUUUUCUAUUUCCCUUUCCCUCUGGGUGAUCAAAAAACGAAAACGAAAGCGCAGGAAUCUCUCGGUCUCGAGCGAUCUGUCGUCGCUCGAAGGAAGGAGUGGUGGGGAACUCCUUCCCAAACUCGUGCCACUCCUCGUCCGAUUUUAACACGAUCCGUCUUCCGCGUCCAGUCGGUGCGUCUUCUUUCCCUUUCGUUUCUUUCGUCGCAUUCACCCGACUUUCUUCCCGAUGCAAAUCAUAUCGAUUGCCUGUAUCGUGACGUGAUCCUACCGUUCGCAACUCCUCAGGUGCGUGUGAGCGUCCAUCUAUGGAACGUGGAUGUCGAUGAGAAUACAC